UAGACUAAGUAUUAAUUCAGUAAAUUUAAUGUUCAGAUGGGCAGGGGCAGAGCAUCAACUGUUGAGAAACACUCGUCAUAGAGUUCCUUGUACUCGUCUUCAGUCUUGACCAUAACAACACUGGUGGGGCGUUUGGUGAGUGAGGCAGCACCCAGAUCUCGUCUCGAGGGCACGUAGCAGUAAGGGACCUCGUUGUCUUCGCACAGCACAGGGAUGUGCGUAAUGACGUCAAUGGGGCUCACAUCUCCGGCAAGAAUCACCAGACCCUUCUCGUUCUUCCUCAGGCCUUUAACGACUUCUCUCACACCACGCUUUAGUUUCUUUGCUUUCCUGGAUUUCUUGACAACUUUGUAAAGUUUCUUGGUGAGUUUCUUGCUGGCCAUGGGAUUGGCUAUGAUGCUAACCAGAGUUACUAGUUCUUCGUAUGUGGCUGGUUCACUGUCUACAGGUUCUAUCUUGACAAUAGCACUAGACUGGACUUCUUCUUUCUCCUGGUCUUUGUCCUUGUGCUUGUGUUUCCCCAUUCUUGAUCUUCGACUCGGUCUUCUUACAGCCACGUGGUUGCCUUUGGAUGUGUUGUCACGCCCACACCCCCACAUGGCUUUGGUGAAGACAAAGAUGGAACUUGGCUUUGUAGAGAAAGUGGAUGACCCAUCUCAGCUGUGUAGCUCCUUGUUCCCUAGUAAAGUUGGUGGGAAACCAGCAUGGCUUGAUCCUCAAGACCUUCCCCCUCCUGAAUCUGUGUCCUGUAAGAGAUGUAGAUCACCACUCACCUUUCUACUGCAAGUAUACGCACCUUUGUCUGAUGGAGAGCGAGACGAAACAUUUCAUCGAAGUAUUUCAAUUUUCAUGUGUAGAGAUUCAAUUUGUCAUCAGCAGGACGGCCCCAAAUGCUUCCAAGUCUUACGAUGUCAACUCCGGAAAGUGAACAAUUUCUACAGUGAAUCAGCUGAUAGUACCGUUGAUACUGCGGAUCAAUUGGACAGACUAAAACUGGACGAAGUUGAUGAUCCUCAAGAUGAUGAUACAGACGAUAAGCCCUCGAUAUCAGCCACUGAAAUGACUGUUCAAGACAUCGAAGGCUGGGAUGAAGAGGUGAAAUCAAAGCCAGCCUCCACCUCUAGUGUGAGUGUUGAAGGUACACUCACUGUUUGUCGGAGAACGUCCCCACUCUGUAUUGUGUGUGGAAUGUCUGGACCAAAGAGCUGUGCCAAGUGCAAGCGAGUCAGCUACUGCUCAAAGGAACAUCAAACUCACGACUGGAAGAAUGGACACAAACUGUUCUGCCCUGACCUUGCUAAAGGCAAUAAUUGUAUUGUCGACUACGAUCCCAGUGUGGGUGUAACUCUGCCGUUGUUUGAGAUAGUCACUGAACCAGAACCAGAGAAUGCGUCCCCUGAUGGCCGAGCAGAGAAGAGUGUUGAGGAGAGGAUGGCUGACUAUCACAGCAUCGUUAAGACCAAGAAUCUGUCUGUCUCUCGGUUGAAGAAAGAGGAAUCCGUUCGGGAGAAGAAGAGUGAUAAACAGUUCAAGGUCUUCAAGAAAAGAGUAGCACUGGAACCUGAGCAGGUGAUUCGGUACCAUCGUGACAGCUGCCCACUGUUAGUCUCCAAUGAGGGUGUGCCUACUGAAGGGGAAAUCCCUAACUGUGUAUGCGGUGCAAAGCGGGUCUUUGAGCUACAGGUGAUGCCCCAGCUGUUGUAUUACCUCAAGCUGGACGAGGUGAUGGGACCCAGUGUGGACUGGGGUACACUACUCGUGUACACAUGCUCUGAAAGCUGUUCCACUGGCCCCGCCUACAAGGAGGAGUUUCUAUGGAGGCAACACUUCACUCAGUAGAACACAUGAUUAUUGUCCAUGGGUUUUUUUUUGUAAAAUAAACUGUUGACAAUAAAUUAGAGAAUGUUUUUCACAGAA